GACGCGUUGAAUUGUGGGCAGUCAUUGGUCCUCCGAGCACGGUCUCCAGGUCCUCCAUUGGAAAAGAUGGCUGCUUCGGCGGCAGCGGCGGGUUCUCUCCCUGGGUUAUGCCCAAGCUACGCCGUAAUAUGCUCUUUCCUAGAGCGGUAUGGACCCUUGUUGGAUUUACCGGAGCUCACAUUUACUCAGUUGGAGCGGUAUUUCCUGGACACAUCUUCAGUUCCGAAGCUCUUGGUGGACCUGCACGUGAAGUUGCUGAGGAAGAUCGGCAAGUCAGUGUCAGCAGACAGAUGGGAAAAGCAUCUUGUGAAGAUAUGUCAGGAAUUCAACUCUUCUUGGGCUUGGGAGCUGGAAGAGAAAGGAUACAAGGACAUGACAGUAGAAUGCAAGACGGGAAUCCUCAAAUAUCUUUGCGAGAGCCAGUUUGAUGACAAUGUCAAGUUCAAGACAGCAAUCAACGAUGAGGAUCCAGAAAAGAUGCGACUGCAGCCGAUUGGCCGCGACAAGGAUGGCCUGAUGUACUGGUUUCAGCUGGACCAGGACAACAACGUCAGGGUUUACGUUGAGGAGCAGGAUGACCUUGACGGGUCUUCUUGGAAAUGCAUUGUCAGGGAGAGAAAUGACUUGGCUGAGAUUUUGGCGUUGCUGAAGACUCAGAUUGACCCUUCGCUUUUGACGAAGAAAGAGGGAGAGGAGGGCACUCAAGAUGAAAAUGGUGGGGUAAAAAAGCUUGAGGACAGCUCUGAAGAUGAAGAGGACAUGGUAUGCAAGGCUACAUCUGGUGUCGUCGUGACCAAAACAGAGAGCAAAGAAGAACCCUCGCCGAACAAAGAAGCCCAAAUGGUUGUUGCAAGUCCCAGAUCGCCAUCGAAUGACGUCAAAGUUGACCGAACGGAAUCCACCGUCCAACCAGAGAUACCCGACGGGGACGAAAACAUCUCCACUAACAGACCGGCGAUCAAAGAAGAGCCUAUGGAAGUGGUCACAGACACAAACGCAAAGGAACUCCUUUUGGAGAAGCCGUCUGUGCCGUUGCAGACGGAAACCGGCGAGGAGGAAGUCAAGAAGAAGAGCGCGGAGGAGCUCCAGAGGGCGAUGAAGAACGACCAGCAGGCCAAGAUCCCCCUGAAGAAGAGGGAGAUGAAGCUAAGCGAGGACUUCGACAACAGCGGCAGCAGCAUCAUCGUUCGAAAUCCAUCCCUUCCUCAGGUCAAAGAUCCGCAGAAAGUUGACGAGUCCGGUAAAGAUGCGGCGGUGAAAGACACACCGGUUGACCAGGUUAACGGCAACUCCCAGCAUCCCACCGACGCAAGUUUUAAUAAUAACAACGGGUUGAAAGAAUCUCCUCAGAAGGACAGAGAGACGCAGAAAGACUCGGCCGAUGAGAAGCCAACAGUGGCUGCAUCCGGCCGUGAAAGUGAGGUAGCUGAAGCCAAAGAUAAAAACUUGCCCAAACUGACCACAGUCGGGGACCGGGCAGAAGACAAACAGAAAGAGUCGGCGAACGACAGUGAGGAGGCCAUGGAAGUGACUACGUCGAGCGGAUCGGACGCCCAGAAUGAGGCAGCGGAGACAAAGGCAGACAAGAAAAACCCGGAAGCUUUGGUCAAAACGAAGGAAUCGAAGGAAUCGAUCCCUAAUGAGGCAGAGUCUGCGUUUGCAAAGCCUUUACCUCCGUCUAAAGACGAAGAUACACAUCCGCCCGGGAACUCAUCUGAUGUUAAGAGGGAAGAAAGACAAAAUAAAUGCAAAGAGGCAGAGGUUGCCAAGGCUGAUGUCGACGACAAGGCAUCUGCAUCUGUAAAAACACACACAACAUCCCCACCCAACACUUCCCGGGAACCAGAGGGAAAGAAAGAAACAUCUGUGUUAACUGUCCCUGGAUCCCCUUCAAAGUUGGAGGACCCCGGAAAAUCCAAGGAUAAAGUUGCCUCGAAGGAUUCCAAACCCGCUGAAAUCAAAGACACAGAGAAACCCACCCUCAUGACAGAGAAGCCACCCGACUGCGAAAGAAUGGAAGUUUUCACUAAAGAAACCAAGAGACCGGAGCCCAGUACAGAUAGACCAGACGGCUCUAAGCUCUCAAAGACGGCAGUGCUCAUUAAGGAGGAUGAGGCACCAUCGUAUAACAAAGAAAGCAGAAAGACCAUUGGUUUCAAACACACAGAAACGUCUUCGGUUAUUCAGCAGACAGAGAUCCUGACACAGAGUAAAAACACAGAGAAUCUAGACAGCACUAAAGAGACUAGUACCUCUUCGGUAAUUAAAAAGGCAGACAAACCACCUCUUGAGAAAGAUACGGACUCCCCGAAUAACGGUAAAGAGAAAGGAGAACAUGCGGUCUUAAAAAAGAUAGGAAAAGAAGAGGGAUCGAAACCAAUAGAGAGACGUGAGACGCCAGUCGUAACCAAGGAGACAUCGGAACGUUCUUCAGGCACCGACUCAAAGGGGAAGGAGGAGACAAACACUGACCCUAAAAAUAUUGAGAAACGAACAUGCCUUCAACUGGAUGAACAUAAACGUGCUGAGAAAUUAGCUCCCUCUGUCGCUAAGACUUCCAUAAAGGAUACAGAAACGAUGCCCACAAAGGAGACGGCAAAAACGUCCACAAAAGACAAAGAACAGACUUCAACAAAAGACACAGAAAAUGUCUCCACAAAGGACACAGAGAAAAUGGCAAAAACUUCUGCAAAAGACACAGUGAAGGAGGCGACAAAAGACAAAGAACAGACUUCAACAAAAGACACAGAAAAUGUCUCCACAAAGGACACAGAGAAAAUUGCAAAAACUUCUGCAAAAGACACAGUGAAGGAGGCGACAAAAGACAAAGAACAGACUUCAACAAAAGACACAGAAAAUGUCUCCACAAAGGACGCAGAGAAAAUAGCAAAAACUUCAGCAAAAGACGCAGCGAAGGAGGUGACAAAAGACAGAGAGAAGAUUUCCACAAAAGACACAGCAAAAGGGUCCACAAAGGAGACAGCGAAAACAUCUGCAAAAGACACAGCGAAGGAGGUGACAAAAGACAGAGAGAAGAUUUCCACAAAAGACACAGCAAAAGAGUCCACAAACGAAACAGAGAAAAUGGCAAAAACCUCUGCAAAAGACACAGCCAAAGAGGCAACAAAAGACAGAGAGAAGAUUUCCACAAAAGACACAGCAAAAGAGUCCACAAACGAAACAGAGAAAAUUGCAAAAACCUCUGCAAAAGACACAGCCAAAGAGGCAACAAAAGACAGAGAGAAGAUUUCCACAAAAGACACAGCAAAAGAGUCCACAAAGGAGACAGAGAAAACAUCUACAAAAGACACAGAAAAUGUCUCCACAAAGGAGACAGAGAAAACAUCUGCAAAAGACACAGCAAAGGAGUCCACAAAGGAGACAGAGAAAACAUCUGCAAAAGACACAGAAAAUGUCUCCACAAAGGAGGCAGAGAAAACAUCUGCAAAAGACACAGCGAAGGAGUCCACAAAGGAGACAGAGAAAACUGCGAAAAUAUCUGCAAAAGACACAGAAAAUGUCUCCACAAAGGAGAAAGAGAAAACAGAGAAAACAUCUGCAAAAGACACAGCGAAAGAGUCAACAAAAGACAGAGAUAAGAUUUCUACAAAAGACACAGCCAAGGAGCCCAUAAAAGACAAAGGGAAGACUUCCACAAACAAACCCGAAAAACCCUCCAGCCCUAAGAAAGAAAAAACGGAAGCUUGUAAAGGCAGAUUGGAACUGGCAGAGAGAAAAACCGAUGUAGCUAAUGAAGCGAUGGCAGUCCCAACUGUCGAUUCGUGCCAGGUACCUCCCAAAACACCAGCUGCAGAGAAGGAAAGCAAGGAGUCAGUAGAAACAAGUUCGAAAAAGUCAAUUGACGAAAACACUACCAUGCAGAAAGACUCUAAAAAAGAACCUGUGAAGGAAGAUAAAAGCAAAACGUCGUCAGGAAACGAGGUUGCACAGGACCAAACUCCCAUGAACUGCGAGGAACCGUUAAAAGGACAAGGUACAAAAAAGAAAGAAGCAGAGAACACACCCUCUCUCACGACGACUGAAGGUGAGAAAGACAAAAACCAAGACUCAAAGGCGAGGGAAGACGCCAAGGCAAAGGGGUGUCCUAAAACCAUGAUCGGUGAGAAGAACGACGAGAAACCUUCAGCUGAAGCUGAGAAAUCGAGCGAGACAAAACCGGACGUGGCGUCGACGGAGGAUAAACCCAACAGGAAGACUGAAGACGAGGACAAGGAUGAAGAAAAGGAUCCUGAGGUGAAGGAAAAGGGUGCGGAAUGGGACAAAGGUUCAUCGGAGGUUCAGGAAGAAGGGAUACGUCUGAAAAUUAAGAUUCCAGCCCAUCGGAGGAAGGCAGACCUCCUGAGGGAAGAAAGGGGCGACUCGGAGUCGGACACGGGGGAGGGAAGGUCACUCAGGAGGUCUCCCAGGAUCUGCAGACCAACUCCAAAGGUGGUGGAGUUUCAGGAUCGGAAGCUGGAGAGGAAGCAGACUGCGCCCCGUGUGGAAAAAGGUGAGGAGAGGGAAGAGGAGGAGGUGGAGGAAGACAAAGAGAAGGGGGAGGAGGUGGACGACGAGGAGAAAACUCUUCAGAAAAAAACGAGGGAGAAAAAGCUUGAUGAAGAUGGCCAACCUAAGACCAAAGGACGAAAGCGGAGGAGGACCCGGUGGUCCAACACCCGAACGCGGCGCAAAAAGAAAGGCUCCGACGAAGAGGGCUCUGACGACGGGGACUACGAAUCCAGCGACGAGGACGACAGCGAGGACGAGGACGACAGCGAUGAAGAUUACAAGGUUGAGAGGAACCGAAAGAGGAGGAACAGGAACAGACAGAGGCGCAGUUCCGACGAGUCGACCUCUUCGGAUGACGAUCUUCCUCCUAACGAUGACCCCUGCAAACACUGUGGCCUCCCCAAUCAACCAGAGUUGAUCUUACUGUGUGACUCUUGUGACAACGGCUACCACACGGCCUGCCUCAGACCUCCCCUCAUGAUCAUACCUGACGGAGAAUGGUUCUGUCCACCCUGUCAACAUAAACAGCUCUGUGAUAGGCUGGAAGAGCAGCUGCUGAACCUUGACACCGCGCUGAAGAAGAGAGAACGGGCUGAGAGGAGGAAAGAGCGUUUGGUGUACGUUGGAAUCAGUGUUGAAAAUAUCAUCACCCCUUCAGUGGAGGUAGAGGAGGAAAAGGAGGAAGAGGUAAUCAAGGUAAAGAAAGAGGUGAAGAAGAGCAAGAGCUGGGGUCGAAGGUCAACAAGAGCGAAGAAGUCGAUAAGCUACAGGUUUGAUGAGUUUGAUGAGGCUAUUGAGGAAGCGAUCGAGGAAGACAUCAAGGAGGCAGAGGGUGGAGGAGCUGGGCGGGGUAAAGACAUGGCUAACAUCACAGGCCACCGGGGGAAGGACAUGUCCACCAUCCUGCAAGGGGAGGGGGGCAAGGAGAACGGCCGCCCGCCGCGUCCCAGCGCGGGCCAGCGCAGGAAGAAGCGUCGGCGUCUCAACGACCUGGACAGCGACAGCACCAUGGAGGAGGAGGAAAGCGAGGACGAGUUCCGUCUAAGUGACAGCACCGAGGAGGAGGAGUUUGUGGUUUCGGAGAACGAUGCGGAAAGCGACGUCAACUCCAACAGCGACGGUGGGAGCAACGGCAGCGGCCCGCGUCACAGGUCCUCCCGAACCAGGAAGCCCGUCAAACGCAGGAAGGGCGCUCGGCAACAGCCGCCCCGACGACGACGUCGACCGCGAGGCUACUCGGACGACGAGGAGGAGGAGACUGACGAAGAGGAGGAAGAAGAGAUAGCGACGGAAGGUUCCAGCGAGUUCAGCGACAGCGACCUAGACAUGAGCAGGCGACGUUCCCGCCGGAGUCGGAAAAAGCAGGUGAACUACUGCGAGACGUCCGAGUCGGAAGGCUCCAGGGCGGGCACCAACCGCAACAAGGUCACGUCUCGACGCCGCCUGGCCAGUUCCGACAGCGAAGCAAGCCUCUCCAAAGGCUCCGACAACGAGAGGAGGGUGAGCAGGAGGGCCGACUCGUCGGAGGAAGGGUCUCGCCAGAGACGCCGACGGCUCUCGCUGAAACGCCGGCGAGCGUCCGAGGACGACGACGACGACUCGGACGAAUCCGAGGAAGAAGAGAGGCCGGUCCGUAAGCGGGUGAACCGCAUCGACUCGGACGACGACUCGGACGAAGACAAGAAACAAGCACCCGAGCAAGAAGAGGAGGAGGAGGAGGGGGGGCUUGGGAAGGGGGCUACCCCGCUGGAAUACAACCUGGUGGAGUUACCCCCCACCAACGGACAGAGUCCCGUGAAGGGUCUGGAGGGGCUCAUGAACCGACCGGGGGCGGGCACGGCUAUGGGGGCUCCGGACCUCUUGGCUCACCUGGGGCCCAAGAACCUCAACGUCGCCACGCCCGUUGUUGCCAUAGCGCCCAACGGCCUGGUUUCCCAGGAGAUGGCGUCGCAGGAAGAUGAUGAGGACGACCUGUUGGGUGUCACAGACCUAGUGGACUAUGUUUGCAAUAGCGAACAGUUGUAAAAAGAUUUUUGUUUUUGUAGUAUUGUAUUUUUUUAUAUUGAUUUACUAUUCUAUUUGUUUCCCUCCAUCGACAUUCUGUACUUACACUCCAGUCCUUGUUGACCAUCCCAUAAUGGUCUUUCGCAGCAGUAUAUGAAUGAGUACAUGAGUGGACAAACAGGAAAGAUGAAGGGGGGGGGAGAUCUUUCUCACUCUCUCACUUCUUUCUCUUCCAGCGAGCUUGCACAGUCACCAGUGGCACCGACUCAUUCUGUUCAUUUCGACAACAGGCAUCACUAGAUGUGGAAUCCUUUCACCCACCGACGUAACUUCAGGUCGGACUCUGGACUAUAUGAUUCAGAAAUCAAUCUGGUCCCCAGUUUGAUUCUCUCCAGGACACUUCCAGGAUCACCUGGUACUUUUGCUUCCCAACAUGGCUGCCUCCCAACUGUCCUCCAACAGAGAUUAUGUCUCCCUCUGGUCUUGUUCCCCUGAGAAAUUCGUAUCAGUCUGGACAAGAAGACGAUGUAUGAUAUUAAUUAACUGUCUGUUUGUCUUAGUAGGAGAUAGAUCAGUGUUGUUUGUCCACACACGCCACUCUAAAGAUUUCAAAUGGAGAGAAUUGGCUUCAACAUGCAUUCCGUGGAUGGGUAAUUGGUUGUUUUGUAGGAUGAUGGCAAGAUUUUUUUUUGCAAUUUGCCCUGCAAUUUUAAUAUGUAGUUUACCGUUUUUUUGAGUGCUUAAAAUCAGAAGUAAAUCCCUGCAUUAAAUUAGACUAUUUAUUUUUAAGAAUUUAAUUCUGUAACAAUCAGUUGUUUGAUAAGCUUAAUCUUUAAUCAUUUUUCACUACUUUGUUUCUAUAUAUUGUUUGGAGGCUUGUGACUUCAUAAAGGUUAACUGGACACAGUCAUCUUUGAAACCUUAUUGUACAACAUUUUAAAGCGGGCGCUUCAGACUAAUAUCUAUAGAAGAAACCCUGAUCAAGUUCAGAAGUAACACGUCUAUGAAUCUCAGCAGUUUUUGUUUUUAGUUGUUUAAAUGUUGUGUUGUCAUAUUUGCGAUGUUUUACGUUUUUUUUUUUUUUGUUGCAAUCUAUUCACCAUCAACACAGGCAGCUUCAUGCAUUAUGCCAAAUUACAAGUUCCGUUUUGUAAACUUUAUUACCUGGCAGCAUACCAUAACAAACCUUCUUUAAAUAGAGGGACAGUGCAGUAUGUGACCAACUAGACUAGACCAUCCUCGCAUCAAAACUCACACUUGUACUGUGUGAGCACAUGCAUGUUUUAGAAGCAUUAAUUUAGUCUUUGUUUCUCUGUAUACAUUUAUUAAAUAUUAUUUUGUAAUUGCUGCCAAUACCAUCAGUGAGUAUUGCCUGGGUUAACGUUAAAAGGGUAUGAUAGGGAAAUAAAUGAUUGGGAAUAUACCAAAACUGCCAGCACUCGUUAGGCUACUUGUUUUGUUGUUUUUCUUCUGUCUUUUUUUAUAUAUAUAUAAAUAUAUUAUAAUGUGCUUUUUGUAUAUGAAAUCAUACAUUUGAAUUGUUUUCCUUUUUAUUAAAUUGUAAAAUAGAUAUUGUUUCCUCUGUAUCAAAUAUGGCCCGUGUCAGUUGAAACCUUGGAAAGGUCAGGUACUCCUGUGCUCCCAGACAUUGUUUUUAACCGACGCUCUGCGUCAAGUGUAAGUACGCUAAAGACCAUCACUAUUUCGACUUCCAACUCUGCAUUUUAAUACAAAAGGAGACAGUAUACUUUGUCUCUCUGUUUUUCUUUGUUUUGUUUUUUUUGUCAGAUCUGUAUGCAAUAUUCAGAGUUAUUUUUCCUUCAUUUUUCCUUCAUUUUAAGGUAGUAAGGCUAUUUACUACUGACUAAUGAACAGCAAACUAUGAAAACGGCUAUGGCGGAGUGAUAUUUCACAAAGUGUUUGGGGAAAAUGACCAAAACAACAAUAAGAACUCAACUGACCUCGGAUAUCAACGUGUGUGUAUAUCGUUUUAAUCAUGGAUAAAUAUAUCUGGCAAUU